GAACGUCAAACAGAGAUUUCUAAUUACCGUCAACUAAGAACCGUGAAGGUCGAUUCAGCCAAACCAUAAAGAGUACUGUCAAGGAUCAAGCGCAAUACUCUCCAGAAAGAUGCCCACGCUUUUAGCCACAGGAAUCGCAGCCGGCGGUGUAGGCGUCGAAUGCCUCGAAACCGUCAUCCUCGAAUACGCCCGCAAAAUCCCCAUCCAAUCCUGGACCUUCAUCCUCGCUCAACACGAUCCGCGCUCAUCCCGCUCCCGAGAGGCUGUGCAGCGUCUCCAGAGUUUGGAGCCAAAGUUGCCGGGGUUGAAAGUUGAGGCGCAUGAGUGUGAUUUGAGCAAGUUGGAGAGCGUGAGGAAUUUCGCGGCGAGGGUGAAGCAGGAGGUAAAGGAUGGGAUCGAGGUUAUGUUGCUGAACGCCGGUGCUGUCUUCCAAGAUGGCCCAAGAUUCACGGAAGGCGUCGAGGAGACUACGAUGGUCAACCACAUCGGGCACUUCCUCCUUCUCGCCUUACUUAAGGACCAGCUUCGCUCUGCUGAGGGGUUUAAAGCAAAAGUCGUCUUUACUGGCAGCGAACUCCACAAACGCGCCGACCCCGCCCAAACAUGGGAACAGCUCUCCCUUACACCCGGCUCUAUCCGCCCGGGUUACAAGUACGACGCCAUGCAAGCCUAUGGCUGCGCGAAACUUCUCCAAGCAUAUUGCCUCCCACACUGGUCAUCCCUCCUCUCGCCCCACAACACAACCGUAACCAUCGCCUCCCCCGGCUUCGUCCCCUCCACCCUCCUCUCCCGCUCCUCACCCUGGCACCACAGGCUAUUGAUGAACCACGUUAUCCAUUACGCUCCAUUCGCGAGGACCCCGGCACAGGGUGGGAGGAGUAUUGCGAGGGUUAUUUGCGAUGAGGAGCAUUUAGGAGGGAGGACGGGGGUGUUCGUGGAUAAAGCUGGGAAUGUGGUUGAGAUGCAUGGUGAUGUGUAUGUGGAGGAGAGCGCGAAGAAGGUUUGGAAUAGGACGUGUGAGAUUGCGGAGGUGAAGGAGUUGGUCAUUGCUUGA